AUGCCAAAAAAGCUUGCAAGUUCCGAGGUAAUAAAGUCAGACCCAAUAUAUAGCCUUACUGCGUAUGAGAAGAAAAAAGUGGCACCUAGGUCAAGUGAACAGUUCAAAAUAGGUCCUCCCUUUGGUAAUACCAUUCAAGUUGCACCUUUAUUUAUCAACUGCACUCACCAGGAAGUUCAUCCCGAAGUGUUUGCAAGGAUUGACCGAGGUUUUGACUCUGUAAAGGAUCUAUGGAUAGGUUAUAGGCGCAAUUAUUUUUCAGUUGUUUCAUGUUUCCAGUUUCGAGAGUUUGGAGCCAAAAAAUCGAUAUUUCAAGAAGGCGGAUUUUACAUCAAGACACUAGGCAAAACUCAUGCGGUUAAAAGAUUUGCAUUAAGAUUAGUUGGAAAAUGUUCAGAGAAUAACGUUGAUGUCCGACUUUCUCAGCACACGGCAAAAAGAGACAAAGGCCCCAUAUUUGAGCCGCCAAUUAUUCCUGCAAUACCAGGCACGUUACCAAGCCAUUUAAUUAUCAAGCAAAGUUCUAAUGUGAGGAAAAUCUCACGGCUUCAAGAAGUGAACCAUCUUUUCACGUGUGAAUAUGGCUCCCUCACGCCUAAAUGCGCAGACUCGAUAUUGCACAAUUAUGACAAAAGCGAGCCCUAUGUGAAAGUUGCAAAGUAUGACCGAAUUCAAUUUGCAACUUCUUUGAAUAGAAAAGUACCGCUGAUGACUGAUAACAAGAAGCUUCUGCUUCAAGUACAACUAUUAGCAGAAUUGGAGCCUGGCAAUCCAAAUACUUAUGCCGUCGUAGCAGUUACAAACACACCUCCAUUCUUUAUCAGAGGACGAUCGCCUUCAACCUAUUCUGCAAGCUUGCCUCGCGUUAGGUGUGCAACUAGUCCCUUAAAGAGAGUGAUCAAUGUGCCCAAUUUUGACAAUGUAGCUCGGUACGUGCAUGCGCCAGCAGUACCACCGCUUACAAGUGAAGACAAUAAGGAAAACUUUGAUGCAAGCACCUUUAUAGAGGUAGACAUGCCUAACUCAAGCGCCUUUAUAGAGGUGGACAUGCCUAAUUCAAGUUUUGGUUUCAUUGCUAUUAACAAUAAUGAAGAAAAAGAACAAGAAAAAGAUGAACAACAACAAGAAGAUAGUGAUCAAGAUGAUCAAAAUUUCAGCUUAGGUUCAUCUAUUCCAAGGGGGUAUACACCACAACUGGUUCAUUGGGAGCCAGAGCUGCUUGAUCCGCAGUUUCACUUGCUACGUGCAUACCUGAUGAACAAUGACCAUCAUUACUCACAUAAUGUUGAAAGUUUUGCAGGUAGUUUUCAACGUCAACAACUUGAAAGUAAAUACCAAAAUGGCAUUACCCACACGGAUAGUUCAACAGUAGUCCGCACAUUAACAUCGACCGAGUCUUGGACAAAAAUAAGAGGAACAUUAAAGUCUGUGGAUCAAUUCUUGAAUUUGAAGUUGGAUAAUAUAAUAUGUAUUAAUGGGGACAAAUACCCGUAUCUUCAAGCAGUCAAAAAUCUUUUCAUUAGAGGAUCAACCGUCCGAUAUGUUCAUAUGAAUCCAAACUUGGUUGAUUGCACAUUGCUUCAGGACGCUUCACGGAGGGAUUUACAGGAGACGGCAUCGUUUGCUGAUUCACAGGAGACGGCAUCGUUUGCUGAUUCACAGGAGACGGCAUCGUUUGCUGAUUCACAGGAGACGGCAUCGUUUGCUGAUUCACAGGAGACGGCAUCGUUUGCUGAUUCACAGGAGACGGCAUCGUUUGCUGAUUCACAGGAGAUGACAUCGUUCGCUGCGUUUUCACUUCUUCUGUAG